ACCAAGAAACGAUAAAGAAAUUGUCAGAUUCUAAGAGAUGGAUAUUCAUGUGGGAGACGAAGAGUUGUCCCAUAAUAAUGUUGUUGUUAGUGAAAAAGUUCCAUUGUUGGUUCCCGAUGAAGUGGAGAAAAACCUCGUACAGAAAGCCAUUAGUCAGACGUUUCAGAGCGCCGCCCAUUUAGCCAACCUUCUCCCCACCGGCGCGGUUCUGGCUUUCCAGCUUCUAUCGCCCAUAUUCUCCAACCAGGGCGACUGCGACGCCGUGAGUCGGUUCUUGACGGCGUCUCUCGUCGCCAUGUGUGGCCUCUCGUGUUUUCUGCUCAGCUUCACCGACAGCUUCAAGGACCAGAAGGGGAACGUCUGUUACGGGGUGGCGACGGUGAAAGGGCUGUGGGUGAUCGACGGGUCGGCGAGUCUGCCGCCGGAACUUGCGGCGAAGUACAAGGUGAAAUUCAUUGAUUUCGUGCACGCCGUCAUGUCGGUCCUGGUUUUCGGGGCUAUUGCGCUGUUUGAUCAGAAUGUUGUGAGUUGUUUCUACCCGGCGCCGUCCAAGGAAGCGCAGGAGAUCCUCACGGCGGUGCCGGUCGGCAUUGGGGUGGUUUGCAGUAUGCUUUUUGUUGUUUUCCCCACCAAACGCCAUGGAAUUGGUUUCCCCUUAACGACUGAUAAUUAACUCGAUCUAUAUAUACCCAUAUUUUAAAAAAAAAAUGUUUGAUAACCCUUUCAUUGUAUAGAAAGAAAAAAAAAAUUGUUUAAUAUUGAAAAUUGGAUGGGGUGAUUUAAGGAAAAUUGAUUGAAUGGAGUGAGUUAAUGAAAUUUGUAUGUAAAGUCUUGGAAUUA